GAUGACCCGGUGUUCGUGAUCCAGCCUGAUGACCCGAUCCAGCCUGAUGGCUCAGUGCCUCGGUGCCCGUGGUCCAGCCUGGUGACUCGGUGCCCGCUGUUCUACCAGAUGACUCGGUGCCCGCUGUCGUGCCAGAUGACUUGGUGCCUGCUGUUGUGCCAGAUGACUCGGUGCCCGCUGUCGUGCCUGAUGCUUCGCUUGGUAAACCGGUGCCCGCUGUCGUGCCAGAUGACUCGGUGCCCGCUGACGUGACGUGCCAGAUGACUCCGUGCCUGCUGUCGUGCCUGAUGCCUUGGUGCCCGCUGUCGAGCUUGGUGAACCGGUGCCUGCUGUCGUGCCAGAUGACUCGGUGCCCGCUGUUCUGCCAGAUGACUCGGUGCCCGCUGUUCUGCCAGAUGACUCGGUGCCUGCUGCUCCGCCUGAUGGCCCGGUGCCUGCUGCUCCGCCUGAUGGCCCAGUGCCUGCUGCCGCCUUAUGUGCCUCUGUCCGCUGCCCCCCGCCUGAUGUGCCUCUGUCCGCUGCCCCGCCUGAUGUGCCUCUGUCCGCUGCCCCGCCUGAUGUGCCUCUGUCCACUGCCUCGCCUGAUGUGAGUCUGUCCGCUGCCCCGCCUGAUGUGCCUCUGUCCGCUGCCCAGC